UUGAUUGUCAACGAAAUGUCAAAUGACCGGUAGGAAUGUAAUGUCAAUAGUGAUUUGUUGGUGAUAAAAUAAAUAUUUAUUUUUACAACGUAGUAUUUUCUACGUAAUUCAGACUUCUAAAUUUUUAUGUACAAAAUGGACACCAAAGUAGCAGUAGUAACUGGCAGCAAUAAAGGCAUAGGAUUUGAAAUCGUGAAAGGAUUAUGUCAAAAAUUUGAAGGUGCUGUGUACCUCACAGCUAGAAAUGAAGAUAGGGGACGACAGGCAGUGAAGAAACUCGAAGAAUUGGGCCUGCGGCCUUCGUUUCAUAUAUUAGACGUUACAUGUGAACAGAGUAUUCAAGAAUUUGCAACAUACAUUUCAAGCAACUAUAUUGGAAUAGAUAUAUUGGUGAACAAUGCCGGUAUCUUGGACUUCGAUAAAUCUGUUUCAUCUUAUGAAGAUGCUAAAAAACUGAUUGAUACAAAUUUUAUAAGUUUGGUAUCUGUUUCAAAAAUAUUAUAUCCAUUAUUGAAGAACAAUGCUCGCGUAAUCAAUAUUAGCAGUGACUGGGGUUUGUUGUCAAACAUCAGGAAGCAGAUCUGGCUUGAUACAUUAGUAAAAGAUGAUCUAACUGUUGAUGAAAUUUUGCUUUUUGUUAAUGAUUUCUUACAGUGUGUCAAAAAUGGCAAAAAUGCUAUGGUAUCAUUUGCAGGACACUAUGGAGAUUAUAAAGUAUCCAAAGUAGCAAUGUCAGCAUUGACAUUUGUACAACAGCGGCAGUUUAGUGAACAAGGCACAGAUAUUUCUAUAAAUUGUGUUCAUCCUGGUUUUGUAAAAUCUGAUAUGACAAAAGGAAUGGGUGAUUUUACUCCAGAACGUGGGGCCCGAGCACCUUUAUAUUUGGCAUUAGAAGCUCCACAAUCUCAAAAGGGCACAUUUGUUUGGCAUGACUGUCACCAAGUAAAUUGGGAUGAUUAAGGAUGUAACAGUUUUGUCAUGUUUAGUGUUAAAACCAUGUUAAUCCUGUGAUAAAAGUGUCACCUGCAUAAACUGAACUAUAAUAUAUUUUUCUUUUAGUUAACUAAAUUUUUAUUAGAACAACCCAUCCAAAUAGACACAAUGCUUGACUCUUAAUAUUGCCAUUUAGAUUCACAAUUAAAUAUACUAUCAAACAUUGAAAUGUUAGUGUCUGAUUUUCGUAGUGAUAUUCUUUUCAAUGUAUAUGUUAUGUAUGUUCUAACUUGAUUUAACUCUAAGUAUGUAAUUAAUUCUGGAGACAAAACUUAUCCUAUUUAAUAUAUGUUCUUAUUAUUAACAUUCAUAUGGAUCAUUUAGUGUUAAUAAUACUGAACUUUGUUAAUAAUUGUAUUAUUCAUAUAUAUUUUAAAUUGGAACAAAAUUUCAAGUACUAAUAUUGAUUGACUGAUUCUAUGUUGCAAAGUAAUGAUUUCAAUAAGUUGUUGUUAUGUUGGAUUUAUUAUUAGAUGUUAUUUGUUAAAUAUUUUUAUAUUAAUUCCUUUAUUGUACCUCCUUUGAGUUCCUUAAAUCCUUGAAUAAUUUGAUAGUAUUUAAAAGCCUGUUUUCCUAGUUAAUAUCUGUUUGAUUGAUAAAAUCAAAAUUAUAAUCACAUCAUCAUGUAAUGAAAUGUGUAAUAAGGUUUCUAUAUUUAUAGCUUAGUAAAUUUGAUCUAUUGAGUAUGAUAAAAUAGUAUCACAGAAAAGUGCAUCUUUCAGUACUACUCUUAUUUUAACAUUUUCUAAUUAGACUAUGUAGUUCAACUAUGUAGUCAGUAACAUCACAUAGAGUUACAAGUUGUGUGCCCAUGUGACUGAGGCCUAAUCUACAUUACAAUAAAAAGAGUAAACAUUUAAAUAUUUCACAUUGAGUUUUUUUUAAAUAUAUAGUUACGGAGAAAAGGAGAAUAAAUGAGGUAAUUUCAAAGAAAUUUUAUAAUUGUCUAUUCUAGUGAUCAGGGUAACUUAAAAACUCGUGAAUAUUUUUUCAGAAUCGAUCCAGCAAAUCGCGUUAUGUAACUUGACGCAUUUAUAAACGAGACACGGGUAAUACGAACGAAAGUGUUAAAUAAAUAGCAUAUUUAUGUAAGUGGGUAAUUUAUAACAUUCAUUUAUAGUAGCGUCAAAUCUUUGUUCUUGACUGUUAAUAACACUUUAAUAGAAUUACCUCAUUAGUACUUUGUAUCGCUAACAUGCUUGUUUUACAGUACCAUAAUUACACCGUUCAGCUUGAUUCUAUUAUUGCUCUGUACAAAGUGUGCAGACAAAUGGCCUAAUUGAAAACUAUGUAGUAUUAUGGUUUGAUAUAAAUGCACUAAGUUAUUUGUAAUAAUAACACAGUGCAUAUAAAUAUCAAUCCUACUAGACAAGAAUACAGACAAAUUGAGAUCCACCUCCUUUUUGACGUAACUUUAUGUACUUGGUAAUUUUUUUAAUGAUUGACAAUGGAAUUGCCACAAUUCAGGUCAGUUAGCCCAUCGUCACCGAUUCGCCAAGAAUGUAUCAGGAAGCUUCCCCUGGAAACCAUUUCCAGGGGAAACUUCGUAGUGGUCAAUCUGACCUGGUACAUUGCUAAUAUUAUGGUCCACAGUCCACAUUACUGAAAAUCCCCGUCCCAUUACUUGGUACUAACGGUAUGAUUUGAUAAUUAUUUAAAAAAAAAAUCCAAUAACCAUUUGGGAUUACGUAGCAAAGGAUAGACAAUUGGCAAUAUCACUGCUUGCUUGCAUUGGGAUAUGGGAUCACGAAAAUCUAAAUGAAAUAAAAAUCAUUCCUGAUAAUAUAUUUUUC